CUACACCAACCGUUUGGUCCACCCCACCCAUCUCAGAUUCCCUCCUCCACUAGAUAGCGCCGCGCGGUGAGCCUCGAAUUGACGCCAAGAACGAAGGAAAAAGGAAGGCGCCGACGCGAGGUCGGUCGCAAUGGCGGGGACGGACGCGGACACGGAGGUGCAGGUCGAGUUCUUCCCCAUCAUCCGCCAGUACAAGAGCGGCCGCGUGGAGCGGUUCAUGAACCAGGACCCGCUCCCGGCCGGCACUGACCCCGUCACGGGCGUCGUCUCCAAGGACGUCGUCGUCGACCCUGCCACGGGCCUCUGGGCGCGCCUCUUCCUCCCGCCAGGCAGCGACGGCAAGAAGCUCCCCGUCGUCGUGUAUUACCACGGCGGCGCCUACGUUAUAGGCUCGGCGGCCGACCCGUUCACGCAUAACUACCUCAACGCACUCGUCGCGGAGGCCGGCGUCCUCGCGGUGGCGCUCGAGUACCGCCUCGCGCCGGAGCACUCACUCCCGGCCGCGUACGACGACUCGUGGGAGGGGCUCAAGUGGGUGGCGUCCCACGCCGCGGGCGGCGGCGAGGGGUCGGAGCCAUGGCUGAUCGAGCACGGCGACUUUUCCCGCGUGUUCCUGGCCGGGGCCAGCGCCGGGGGCACCAUCGCGCACGUCAUGGCCGUGCGCGCUAGGGAGCAGGGCCUCCGGUUGCCCAUCAAAGGGCUGCUCGUCGUGCACCCGUACUUCAGCGGCGCGGCGGACAUCGGGAACGAGGGGACGACGGGGAAGGUGGCCAAGGCGCGCGCCGACGCGUUCUGGCGGUUCCUGUACCCGGGCUCGCCGGGGCUCGACGACCCGCUGUCCAACCCGUUCUCGGAGGCCGCGGGCGGGAGCGCGGCGCGCGUCGCUGCCGAGCGCGUGCUCGUCUGCGUCGCCGAGAAGGACGACCUCCGGGACAGGGGCGUCUGGUACUACGAGAGCCUCAAGGCGAGCGGAUACCCCGGAGAGGUGGAGCUGCUCGAGUCCAUGGGCCAGGGCCACGUCUUCUACUGCAUCAAUCCGCGGUGCGACAAGGCGCGAGAGAUGCAGGAGCGCAUCCUCAGUUUCCUACGCAAGUGAGCUCGCGCCCGUGCAAGGUGCAAGGGGAGGUCUCGCAUGAACGAAUAAUUCUUCUGAGCCGAGGGCUCAUGUAAUUUGUGGGUAUUUGAUUGAUGUUUCCAUCACCAGGAAAUAGCAAGGCUAUCCUCAGAAGCUGCAAAUCUGUAUGCCAUAUUGCCAUUCAUUAUCACGGAUUGAAACAGUCCAGCAAAAUUUGAAA